UGGCCAAGUGAAGUCGCACGCGAUACCUUGCUCCCUUGCAACUUUGACUGUCUGGGCUAUAAUCGACAUGUCAAUUCAUCACUUGAAUUGCGCCGCAAACACAUGCAGAAAUCCUCGACAGAUGGAAGUUCUUUGAGUCGAGAAAUGCAGGCGCGCAAAGCGCGAUCAGUCGGAUCGCAAACAUGGAAGAUGGUUCUGAUCAAUACCGGGCGCAGCCUAGCAGGGUUCGCCUUCCGACAGUAAAUGAGGCGAUUCCAUUCUCGCCCUUCAGCUCAAUUGUGCCGUUCAAUUCCACUCUUAUACCGCCCUUCCUCGCCCUUCCUCGCUCGUCCCCUGCUGCAUUCGAGGACCAGAGCGAUGUGCAAGCCGUCAGAAAAGAGUUGGAACAACUAAGCAUGCGCGCACGAACGGCAGACGAAGCUUCGAAACGAUGCCAGAGGACGAUUCGAGAUGUGCAAAAGCUGUUGAAUCCGGACAAUCUGACACAAUUGAAGUUUAAGUGUGCAAAGAGAACGAUAUCGAGAAGCAAUGGACACAAUGCGGCACCCGCCAAGGCCGUGGAGUUGUCUCCAUUUGCAAAGAUGGUGUUUGACAACACAGAAACGCCUUUCGUACGAUACCGCAGCGCAGAUGAGCAUACUUCACGAGCGCCAUCAAAGGUUCUAGUACAGAAUGUCUCUGCGCCUGUCCAGAAUACCGCUGUGCCUGUCAAGCAGAAACUCAAGACUGAAGCUCAAGUUCCGAUAGAGUCCCGUCCGCAAGCGCUCCAGGCAGUCGUACAACUCGAUGUAGUGAAUCCUGCUAUACGCAGUGAGUAUGAGAGGAUUUCUACGGCAGAGCCUCUCAUAACACGACCAAUUGCAGUCGUCCAACCAACCGCGGUGGCAGAGAACCCAGUUAUGCCACCAGUAGAGGCGACGACACCAGUACAUUCACGGUUGUAUGUGAUUCCAAAGUCAUUAACCCCAGCUCAGCGUGAGCAAUAUGAGUUCAUUCCCACAUCGAGCAUUCCCCUGGAUCCGGUCGCAAGCAAGCAAACCCCCACGAUACCAAGGCUAAGCGCGGAUCAACAACGACAAGCAGCCGCAGCAGUUGAGAAUCUCCAGUCCCAGUUACAAGCGAUAUUUGAGGCAGAAGACCAUAUGCAACCCGACACUUCGGGAGAAGCACCAGUACGCCAGAACCAUCUGUUCGGAACUUGCGAUGUGCAAGGUUCAUCGGUGUCUGUUCUGCGUUCGCGGGCCCAAGACGAGCUUGAUACUGCAACCGCUAAGGUAGUUUCCGCAGGGCGACUUUGCGAUAUCGAAGUCGAAAGCCUCCUUAGAGCGCAACGUGUGUGUGAAGCUGCUAUUUCUGCCAUUACCUCAACAUCAUUGCAAAUCAACGAAGAUUGGUCAGACGAAGACACAAAUGAGUGGCUCAAACGCAUUGCGACGGUCAAAUCGGGUCUUGUCGCUGCUCGUACCAUGACGCGCAUUAUGGUGGGAGCCUUUCGCUUCAAAGAGACACAGUCUGAAGAUAACGUCAAAGCUGUUCUCUACGCGCUGCGAUGGGUGAUUGACGGUUGCAUCAUCCCUGUCGUCGGAGAACGCCCGAUGCGCGGAGAGAAGAGCAAAGGUGAUCGAGACGGACCUCCAAAUCGCAUAUUUGCGAUAGCUGCAGAGAACCGAGCAGACCUCCAAGGACUGAUAAAAGGCGUGCAGAAAUGCUUACGCCUGCUCGGCGAUCUAUUUUCAAAGACAAACAUCGAUGAAAGCGGCAUAUCCAGUGCGGAGUUGAUGUGUAGGACUUUGAUCUUCGGCGACAAUGCGCCUACAGAAAAGGAAAGCGCGCUUGGACUUGCGGUUUUCGAGAAUAUGCGCCGGUCCAGUAUGGAUCUUGUUGCUAAGAUCUUCACGAAAUAUACUGGGCAGCGUGAAUACAUCAUCGACCAAAUCUUGCAGUCGCUGGAGAAGCUUCCGCCCACAAAGCAGAAUGCUCGUCAAUUCGCGCUGAUUGACGCAAAGCCCAUACAACUUGUCUCCGCACUUUUAAUGCGACUCGUUCAAACAAGUGCCAUGGCAGGUGCCGACUUCAAGGCCUUCGAUGAUGACGCCAGCGCAGAUGAGGAUGAAUCAGCGACGGAAGAGUCUGACGACGACUCUUCCGAUGAAGACGGCCCCCGACAGAAGAAAGGACGCAAGUCCAAUAAGAUGCCAAACGCCAAACAGCGUGACGAUCUCGCAUCGACCGCAAAGGAGUUGUACAAUGCUGCGCAACUGAAUGCGACGGAAAUCGUCGGCACUCUUUUGCGUCGUGCCUUGAGCACAACCAAGUCAAGUGAUGAACCUUUUCGCAAGUUGCUUGAUAUUUUCACCGAGGAUUUCAUCAAUGUCCUGACAUCCAGCGAUUGGCCGUCUGGCGAGUUGUUACUUCGUAAACUCGUUGGUCAGAUGUUUGGCAUCGCCGAAAAUCCCAAAUCUCCAGCACCAUCCAAGUCCCUGGCACUCGAGCUGCUGGGAACCAUCGGCUCUGCUAUCCUUGAUGUUCGCAUGUCGACUCAGGAAUAUGCCAAGUCGAUCGACACGAGCGACCCGAUCUCGCAACGUUUAGCUGCGAUGGCAAGCAGUUUAGCAGAUGGUACAUCAAGCAUUGCAGAUCUGACCUCGUUCGACGGCCCAUAUCGAGUAGUCAUUGAGUAUUUGCAUGCCCGCGGAGAGACAGACGCACACCUACAGACCGCGCGAGGCUACCAUCUUGUUCAAUGGGCUGAACAUCUCAACAGCAAGGAUAUGCCAUCGUCGGAUACCACAGAAAUGAGGCAUCUGAAACGCAAGAUCCUGAACAUGAUAUAUGAUCCGCUCUGGCUGGAAGAAGAUCCCGAGUACGCCAAUGUCACCACUUCAAUGGGAAAGCUUGCAGCAAAGAUUGUGACAUCACGCCUGCUGCUCUGCCGUGCGUUCCCUCGUAUGCUCUCCAUCUUGCUGAAAUCCAUGACAAGCGAGCAAUCAACAAUCCGGAGUCGUGCGAUCAAAAGCGUUACAAAUUUAUUAGAGAAAAGCCCAAAUUUGCUUGAUUCUGAAGUUCAUCUGCUAGAAUCAAUCCUGCGUGCGACAAGGGACAAGUCAAGUUUGGUCAGAGAUUCUGCAAUGAUAUUGAUCGAGAAGUGUGUCUCGCUACAGCCGUCCCUUGCAGCCCGAGUCAAUACCCGAGUUAUUGAGCGAACAACAGAUGCCUCGGCGCUUAUCCGCAAGCGCGCCAUCAAGUUUUUGAAGCAGCUAUAUUCGAUGAUCAAGGAUACCAACGCGCGCGCCGUUAUCGCUAAUGCAGUCAUUUGUCGAGUUGCUGAUUCGGAAGAAAGCGUAGCUGAGGUUGCGCUGAACACCAUAGAAGAGAUCUGGUUUUCUGGCUUUGGCGAAUCAAAGAAUGGGAUCGAUGUUUCCAUACAGCUUCGUGAACAAGUUUCGAUGAUCAUUAAAACUGUCGACUCCAGCGAGGCAGUUGUGGACGUUCUCGAAGGCCUAGUUAGAAGGAUAUCGACAAAGCCAGCGAGUGCUUCUGAAAGUCAUAAGGCUUGCAAAGCCUUUGUGGCGACAUUGUUUGACGGUGUUAUUGACAGCAGCGACAUCCCGGGCUCACCUCAGCAGUGGGCCAUCUUGCGUACACUGACCAUCUUUGCAAAAGCUGCACCGAAACUGUUCAGUGCCAACCAACUCGAGCGUCUUGAGCCAUACGCCAAGAAUUUGAAUUCGCAAGAUGACCUCCGUGUCUUUCAGCAUGUCAUCACCAUCUUUCGCUAUACAUUCCCCUACGUGACGGCUAUCAGUCAUGUCGUACUACGAAAUCUGCAGGAGUCACUGUUGAAAUCUGUGCAGCGUAUUCCAAGCUCUGAGUUGGCGACCGUGGCGCCUUGCCUAGCAGCUAUCGCAGAUGUACUGGACAACACAGGGCGCCUGGUCUCCCUGACAAGAUCAGCUCUCAAAGCGGUGGGCAUGCGGACCAAUGUUGAUCUAGCCACGAAUCCUGCAGAAGCCCGGAAGGUAGAACGAUUGCUUUACAUCAUUGGCCACUUUGGCAAAGCUUGCGAUUUCGAGUCACACCUGGCAUUAUUUCAGAGCGCAACGGACUGCCCGGGCUUCAAGGGCGACUCUGUAUCGGCGUACAUGGUGAUGCUCUCCUGCCGUUUCACAAGUCCGAAACAUCCACACGAAGUUCGAGUCGCUGCGCUCUCCAGCAUUUGUGCGGUCUGCCACCGCUGCCCAACGCAUUUCUUGCGCGAGGAUGUUCUCAAUGCUUUCAAAAUGGUAUUUGCCGACAACAUACAAGAGCUUGAGCAAGUCUUGCUGUCAAGCAUCGCCAACUUCUUCUCGGCCCAGGAGAAGCCUGAAGACGAUGGGAGUGUGCCCCAGCUCGGCACUGGAAUCGAGUCUGGCACAGAGCGAUUGGGCAAUACUUAUCAAGCGACCGGCUUGGACAGCGCCUUUGGAGUACUGGCCCAGACGUUCCUCGAGGACUUCCUGCGAAUCGCUCUCGCAUCGCAAGACGAUGUCGCCAUGUCUGCGGCCCGCAUUGUUGUCAGUAUCAACCGUCAAGGCCGAGCUACACCUCGCCAGAGUGGAUACUGUCUUGUCGCGUUAGAAACUUGUCCCAACCCCGUCGUUGCAAAGAUGGCUUUCCUGGAGCACAAAUCGCAAUACUCCAAGCACGAAGGCACUUUCGAAUCAGAUCUUCCGCGCUCGCUGGAGAAGACUUUUCAGUAUCAGUGCAAUCUAUCCCAGGACAUCACCGGGUGCACUGGUCAACCUCCGGUUUCGAAGCUGCACUUUCUCUGGGAAGUACUCAAGACUGGCAAGGCCAAGGUUCGCGCGAAGCUCUUCACGUCAAUGUGUUCAAAGAUUGCAUUCGAUCCUUCCUCAUUCGUGCCAUCGUCCCCGAUGCCCGAGCGACUUCAUUCGGCACGUUUCAGUGUCGAAGCUAUGGCAUAUUUAGAGUUUGAACGAGGCGAAGAAGUGCACCACCUGCUCACUUGUCUCGAGAAGACCUUCUCGACCACUGGUACGCCGGUCGCUCAAGCGAUAGAAACUGAAGUACAGCAGCUGCUCAUGCCUGACGUGACAAGUUCAAUUGAAGUAAAUCCCGCUGAAAUGACCGAGACGGCUCCGAAUCAAUUACCACAAUAUAUCGACCCGGCACGCCUUCAACAGCUGGCAGUCUUCUCCCAAAUUCUCUCCCUACUAUUCGAAACCCACUCCUUCCUCCGACGCGCCUGGAGCAUGCACAAAUACAAAGGCAAACCAAAGAAAGGUUCGGCCAAAGACGCCGCCACAAAGGCGAUCAAAGCCCCGAACUACACCGCCCUGGCCGACUCCUACCAGAACCGCAUCAACAAAAUCUACAAGGUCGCCGCCACCGAAGUCGACCAGCGAGCUAUCUGCAACGCUUUCGCCGAGACCUUCAAACGCGAUGACGAGGUCAAGGUCGGUUCCGACGAGGACGGUGAUACGGACAUGGACAACAUGAUCGACGAUGCUCGCAGCGAUACUGCUUCUGAACGUAGUGGCUCCCAGCCGCUAGGGACUCCGAGGAAGAGGAAGCGGAGCGUUGGGCCGUCUGGACAGAUGCGGAAGAAAUUCAAGGCGAGAUCGGCUAGUGAUGCGGAUGAAGAUGAUUAUGACGGAUAAUGAGGAACGGUCCCCUGGGUGAAAAGGAGGCGCUGCGUAUUGCUUUUCUUCAAGAUGAUUUGUUUGUUUCUUUUUAUUGCUUGAUGUCGGGUCGGGCUCACUCAUCGCCAUGACUAAAUUUGACGAUGCUUUGUACGAUAUCAUUCCCUCUUCUGACCAGCGACGUUGAUUUCAUAUCUCCACCAUUCAUGCCCUCGACUACCUGGGUUGUCGUGCACGUUCUGACCGGGAUACAUAUACCGUUCUCCCCGAGGAUGAAGUCCGAAAUACGGGAGAAAAGAGAAGGAAGGAAGUAGUCAUUGGUCUCCUCACCUGAAUGUAGGUGGCCAGCCGGACAAUGCCAGCGAUUGCAUCUGACCAGCGUGGCAAUCUUGUAAAAAAAGAAAUAAUGCAGUCCAUU